GUCAAACUGAGCGCAAGUCGUAGGUCUCCCUUCUCCAUUCGGCGGCCGAUCAGUACGGACGUGAGAGUGUAGUUAGCUCGUGCAGUGUAUUUAAAUAUUCCUAAAAACACGAUUUCGAAUUGUGUUUUUAAGUGUUUCAUUAAAAAUAUAGUUAACUAAAUAUAAAAUAUGGCCGAUCAGGAGAACAAGGACUUCAGCGAAGAUAUCGCCGAUCAAAACUUCGAGCAGAACGGCGAAGCAGAGAACGGCGGCGGGGACGCCGCAGAAAAUGGCCAAGAGUCUCAAGAGGACAGAUCAACCGGUGGUAACCAGGAUUCCUUGAAUGAUAGGAAAUUAUUCGUUGGCGGAUUAAGCUGGGAGACCACAGAUAAGGAAUUACGCGAUCACUUUGGGACAUAUGGAGACAUUGAAAGUAUCAAUGUUAAAACGGACCCUAACACCGGCCGUUCACGAGGUUUUGCUUUCAUUGUGUUCGCGAAAGCAGAAUCACUCGAUAAGAUCAUGGCAGCUGGCGAACAUGUAAUCAACAAUAAGAAAGUAGACCCUAAGAAGGCGAAGGCUAGGCAUGGAAAAAUCUUUGUCGGAGGUCUUUCAACGGAAUUAUCCGAUGAUGAUAUUAAGACUUUCUUUUCACAAUUUGGAACCAUUGUCGAAGUAGAAAUGCCAUUCGAUAAGACAAAGAACCAGAGGAAAGGGUUCUGCUUUAUUACUUUCGAAUCCGAACAAGUAGUAAAUGAAUUAUUGAAAACUCCCAAGCAAACGAUAAAUGGUAAAGAGGUCGAUGUGAAGAAAGCCACACCUAAACCAGACGGCAUGGGCGGUAUGCGUGGCGGCGCUGGCGGACGAGGCGGACGUGGCGGAAGGGGUGGCAGAGGACGCGGUUUUGGCGGUCAAGGCGGUUGGGGUCAAGGUGGUUACGGAGGCGGAUACGGUGGCGGUUACGGGCAAGGCGGUUACGGCGGUAGCUAUGAUGGCUACGGAGGAGGCUACGAUUAUUAUGGCGGUGGGUACGGCGGCUAUGGUGAUUACGGCUACAGUGGAUACGACGGCUAUGGCUAUGGCGGUGGUAGUUACGAUGGUGGCUACAGUGGUGGGCGCGGUGGUGCACGCGGUAAAGGUUUCCUACCCUACAACAAAUCUCAUAACUCGUUAAAUCAUCAUUCCAUUAAACCACGCCACUUUCAACAAGAUUUUCAACAACGCAGAUUACUGCCGCAAAAUAAAACGAAUCAUCAGGAGUCACGACAGAAACUGUAAUAACGUCACGUCUUGCGUCUAGCAAUACAUCUGCAUUAUCAAGACAGAAAACAAGAAGCAACAUAUAAACAUAUAUAUAUUAUAUAUAUAUACAUAUAGAUUCACGAUGCUUUCUUCCAUCUCUCGUUUACCCUUUUGUACAAAGUCGAAAAUGUUUCAUAUUUCUCAUUGGUCUCUCAUUUUUCAUCUUAUUUAUCAUUUAAUUUUUUUUACCGCGAGUACGUUACGUGGUUCAACGUAAGGCACUGUCGUAUCAUAAUAUGCUCGAAAGUUUUGUAGGGAGUAAGUAAUUCCAUACAAAUGGAUAAUUACAUGUCGUAAGUCGACGUUACACCUUAUGAUGAAGUAUUGUAACGUAAUAUACAACGUGUUUGUGCAAAUGGGAAAGCAAAAGAUGAUAGGAAAUAAUUUAAAUACAGAUAUUAGGAAGAAUCAAGUUUUCUCAUUCAACGCCAUAGGGACUGUUGAGAGACUAGCAAUUUUGUCCCUAUUUUCAACAAUUACAUUAUUUUAAUUUGUCUAUAAAAAAAACUAAACUUGAUAAGAUGCGAAGCCCACUAUAGAAAAGUAAGCAGGCAAUGUACUUUUUACACGGCUACGUUAAGGAAAAAAACAAGAAACGAGAAGUACCAAGUUGUUUAUAAUGAUUGUGUGAGGUAUGUGAAAUGAGGUAAAAAGAUUAUUGCUUCCUUAUUGGUAAGAGAAAAUAGGAUAAAAUAAAUUCAUUUUGUGUACAUAAAAUAUA